AUGUCUCAAAACAAGCGUGUGAGAAGACCAUAUUGUGAAUUACCACAAGAAGAAAAGGACAGAUUAAAUGCACGGAGGAGAGCUUUGUAUGCAGAACGAAGAUCCAGAAAAGAAAAUACACUCAUUCCAGUUGAAAUACAAGGACAAGUUAGUACAGAAGAAAACAUUGAAUCAAGCUUAGGCCAUAGCUAUGUACCAGAGAAUACUUCAAACGAUGAGGACAUUCUACAUACGUAUAAUCCUGCUGCUAUGGAUUGUAUUGCACUGCCAUCAAGUUCAACAAAUCCUGCCGAAAGUAUGCUAUAUGACAUCUCCAUAGGUAUGAUCACAAACCUUUGUUAUAUUCAUUUAGACAAUGCAAUUGGUAAUUCAAUAAAUUCAAAUAUAGUUUCCCUUUAUCCAAUUGCCAUUCCUCCUCAGCUCCAACAGUUAUACUCAGGUUUAGGGCCAGACUCAGCUCAUUUCCUUCAAUACAUAAAGCCAUACAAUGAAAUUUUGGCAUUUACAUCAAUAGGAGUCCAUCUAGAUCCGGUAUAUGCAAAGCGAGUUAAUGGAAUUUAUACUUUCCGGGCACAAGGACAGAUCUACCAUUUUAUCGAUAGUCUCUAUCCUUCUAGAGAAAUGCCCUCAUAUCUACAGCUAUAUUUUUACGACACACAAAGAGAAGCUGAACUCAGGAGAGGUGAGAAAGAUAAAUUGCAGCCGCGUAUUAUUUCAACCUUGAUUGAUCUCUUACAAGCAAAUCCAUAUUCUCAGUUUUUUCGUAGUCUUACUGAUCUACCAAACAUUGAUGAAUGCCAAAUCAUAUUGAGAGCUGAUCCUCAAGUACAAGACUACACUGCUUUACCACCAACUGUACCGCAAGUUGCUGCGAUCUGGCUAGAGAAUGAAGACACUCCAGAAUUGCAAGAGCGUGAUAUAAUUGUUCAUAAACAUGAUGGCCAUACUCAAAAAAUUAGUUAUUAUUAUGGUUGUUACGAUUCUCUUCAAUAUCCAUUGUUGUUCCCAUUAGGCGAACCAGGAUGGCAUCAGGGAAUCAAAAAGAUUAAGCCAUCAACUAUCUCACAAUCUUGUUUGGGCCAAGGGAAAGUCUUGCCACAACACUCAUCAACAGCAGAGGAACUAAUUGCAAAUGAAACAGCAGUCCGACAGGAAAAUGAACAUAAAGGGAAUAUGGUUUCAGCUCGAGAAUUUUACGCAUUCAGAUUGCAAAUCAGAAGAAAUACCAACUCAAUACUAUUAGAAUCCGCACGUCUCCUGCAGCAGUUUACAGUAGAUAUGUACGUCAAGAUUGAAACUUCCAGGUUAGACUACUUCAGAAACAGGCAAGAAGAGAUCCGAGCAGAUUUAUACCAAGGCAUUGUCGAUAGCAUUGAACAUGGUGAAUCUGACCCUGCGAAGAUUGGGAAACGCAUUGUUCUCCCGGGUACUUUUAUAGGAGGACCAAGGGAUAUGCGAAAGCGAUACUUAAAUGCCAUGACUUUGGUAGAGAGGUAUGGAAAACCUGAUCUCUUCCUAACAAUGACAUGUAAUCCAAAUUGGCCAGAGAUAAAGGAUGAAAUGAGAGCACAUGAAGAGGCGCAAAACAGACCAGAUUUGCUAUCUAGAGUGUUCAGAAGUAAAGUUGAGCAUUUGCAAAAAGAAAUAGUGAAGAAUCAGCUAUUUGGUCCAGUUCAGGCAUAUACAUUUGUCGUUGAAUUUCAAAAGAGAGGUCUCCCUCAUGUGCAUAUGUUGAUAAUUCUUAAAAAGCUCUUCAAACUUGACACAAUUGAUAAGAUCGAUGCAUUCAUUUCAGCUGAAAUACCAGAUAAGAAGAAGUACCCUCAUCUAUAUGCAAUGGUCUUAAAACACAUGAUGCAUGGACCCUGUGGAGAAUUGGAUAUGAGAAGAACACGCAUGGAAAAUGGAAAGUGUAAGAAUCGUUAUCCAAGAAGUCACUGCGCAGAAACAACUAUUGAUUCUGAUGGUUAUCCAAUAUAUAGAAGACGUCCAACUGGUGAAGAAGUGGAGAUUCGUGGCCAAAUCCUCGACAACAGAUGGGUUGUCCCAUACAAUCCUUAUUUACUAGCAACAUUUGACUGCCAUAUUAAUGUCGAAGUAUGCUCUACUAUCAAGGCAGUUAAAUAUCUCUACAAAUAUAUAUAUAAGGGCCACGACAAGAUUAUCUAUCGCUUGGCAACAUCAAAAUUCCCUCAAGACAUUGACGAAAUCCAGCAAUUCCAAGCUGCAAGAUGGAUAUCACCACCAGAGGCAAUAUGGCGAAUAUAUCGAUUUGCUCUCCACGAAAUCCGACCAACUGUCAUCAGUUUGCAGCUACACUUAGAAGGUUGCCAAUUGAUACCAUUAAAGAAGGAUACAAAUCUACAUAACAUAGUAGAUAAUGAAUUCAUGUCAAGAACAAUGCUCACACAGUUUUUCUGGAUGAAUGCGCACAAUAAUAAAGCCAAGUCAUUGAAGCUAUUAUACAAAGACUUUCCACAGCACUUUGUAUGGACUGCUUCAUCCAGAACGUGGACAGAGCGAAAACAGCAACAAGUCAUUGGGCGAAUUGUUACAGCAAAUCCAACUGAAGGCGAAAGAUAUUAUCUCCGACUCCUGCUCAUGUACAUCCCGGCACCUACUUCCUAUGCACAUCUCAGAACAGUCAAUGGAAUCACCUUCAAUUCAUAUAGGGAAGCAGCUAUUAGUCAUGGUUUAUUACAGGACGAUAACAGCAAUGAAAAGUGUAUGGAGGAAGCAUGCUUAUAUCAAAUGCCAUUAUCACUACGACAACUAUUCUGUACUAUUCUCGUUUAUUGUGCUCCAGUGAAUCCAUUGGAAUUAUUCUUCAAAUUUGAAGAUGACAUGAUAGAAGACUAUGUCUCCAUACAAAAGCUGACCAAAGAUGCUGCACGACAGGUUUUACUCGAAGCACUAAAUGCAGAGCUCGAAUCUAUGGGCAAAAAGCUACAUGAUUUCCAAUUAUCUCAUCUUGUUACAUCUGAUUCAACAAAGAAAAUAGUACCAAGAGAAGUACAGGAUGAAAUGAAUGUCCAGAUAUCAGAAGAUGAUCUACAAGCCCCAAGUUUAUUCAAUGUAGAACAAGCUACAGCUUACAAUGAAAUUCUCUCUGUUGUUCUCAAUCGAGCUCCCAAAAGCUUCUUUAUCAAUGGUCCUGAAGGUACUGGCAAAACAUUCCUUUACCGAGCGUUACUUGCAAAAGUUCGUUCACAACAUUUAAUUGCACUAGCAACAGCCAGCUCUGGAGUUGCAACUUCAAUUUUACCAAAUGGAAGAACAGCUCAUUCCCGCUUCAAAAUCCCAAUAAAUGGUGAUGGCAAACUCUGCUGUAGCAUUUCAAAGCAAUCUGGUCUGGCUACUCUUAUUAAACAAGCUGUCCUUAUCAUUUGGGAUGAAGCAUCAAUGGCAAAAAAGCAGUCAAUCGAAGCCUUGGAUUACCUCUUACGUGAUCUGACAGAAAAUGAUACAUUAUUUGGUGGAAAAGUUGUUGUUUUAGGAGGUGAUUUCAGGCAAGUAUUACCUGUUAUACCUAAAGGAACAUGGAUUGAUUGCAUUAAUGCAAGCUUAGUCAGAUCAUACAUAUGGCCAGAACUCGCCAAAUUCAAAUUAAAGGAAAAUAUCCGAGCAAAGGCUGAUCCAGCAUUCAGUGCAUACAUUCUUCGAGUUGGAAAUGGUCAGGAAAAAGAGAAUGACGCAGGAGAAAUCAACUUACCACCAACCCUAAUCCUACAACCAACCACAAGAAUGCAACCUUUAGACCAGCUAAUCCAAUUUGUUUUCCCCUCCUUUGAUCUACACACAUUGGAUCCACUUUCUUUAACCAACUCUGCCAUCCUCACACCCAAAAACCUAGCAGUUGAUGAAAUUAAUGAGGCAAUCAUUGCCAAAUUCCCAGGGAAAGAGCAGACAUACCUAAGUUUCGACGAAGCAUCUGAUCCUACGCAACAAGGGCUCUACAUUGACUUUCUAAAUUCCGUAACACCUCAAGGAAUGCCAACUCAUCAUCUGAGAUUGAAAAAGAAUAGCCCUAUUUUGCUGCUUAGAAACAUAAAUCCUUCCCAAGGAUUAUGUAAUGGCACAAGAUUAAUAUGCAAAGAAUUCAAGACUCAUUUGAUUGUUGCUCAGAUAGCAGUAGGUGAGCGAAAAGGCACUACGAUUUUCAUACCAAGGAUCCCUUUACAGCCAAAUGAUCCUCAACAUUACCCAGUCCAGUUCACACGUCGACAAUUCCCUGUGAGAACGUGUUUCGCCAUGACCAUAAAUAAAGCCCAACGUCAAACAUUAAGUACAGUCGGUAUAUACUUGUAUGAGCCAAUAUUUGCUCAUGGGCAGCUCUAUGUUGCCUUAUCUCGAGCAACAACAGCAGCCAAAAUACGAGUCCAUGUGAACCACUCAGAAAAUGAGGCAUUUCCCCACUAUCGCACUAAGAAUAUUGUCUACAAAGAGCUGCUACAAGAAGCUAAUUGCAUAUAA